CGUAUUGAAAUUUUAUAUUGUUUAUUUGAAGUUUAAUUAAAUGAUAGAUUAUUGUUUUCCUUUAUUAAUAUAAUAGAGGAAUGUUAUUAUUUUGGAGCUCAUUUAUACUGAUAAUAAAGAUUAACCAAUAACAUUAAGCUUGGUAAGUACCUUUGCAAAAAUUAUGCUUUUAUUGACUGAUAUUAUUAAAGAUGACGUUUACAUUUUUUGUUUUAACUUGAAGAUUUAUUAAUUAUUAUUAUUAUUAAUUAAUCAUAAUUCAUUCAGUAUUGUUUACUUUCUAUGUUUUGCAUGAUAAUCUUUAACAGCAAUUUGUGUAUAAUUGAAGUAGGAAAUGCCACCAGUUUAAACUACUGUAAUAUAAACAAUAAUGAUUAAAAUGAUAAUUUUGAAGUAAAUUAAUAAAUAUAAACAUAUAUAUUUUAAUUAAAUGUAAUACUGUCGGCCAUGUUUAUAUUUAUUAAUUUACUUCAAAAUGUAUUUUAUGUGAAAAUGGCGAUAGCACCAGAGGACUUUUUUUACCAUAUUUGCAUUUUAUUGCGGAGGUAGUAGCCUCAAAGAAAGGUUGCCUCCAUGUUUGUAAAAUUGUGGAAUGUCAACUGGAGUGAACGACGGAUGAACAAACGGAAACAAAGUAUUGUUAAACGUUGAAAUUUUAUAUUUAUAUAUUUUAAUAAAAUGAUAAUUGUUUAACAUUUAAAGCAUUGAUUAAGACUUAUUGGGAUUGUAUAUUAUCAACUACAUAUUGGGGCUGAUAAUGCCAAAUAGACAGCUUAAAUGUAUCUCUCUAAAGAUGAUAAUUAUAACUGAAUUCUGAUUACAAAGUUUUAUAAGUACUGUAUAUCUUACAUGUUUUGAGAUGUGCUAAUUCUUUAAUAUUGACCAAUAACAAUAUUCAAGAUUAUCGAGAGUUAUUGCAGUGACUCUACACCAAAUAAAAAAAUCAAUGGCUGACUAUAUAUACAAGAAUCAGAGUUGCCGAUUUUCGGGGGUUGAUUUUACUGCCCAAAAUGCCUAUAGUAAUUCUGAAUGUCUCAUUUGAAAGGUAGUUGUUUUCUUAGGUAGUGUGCAAAAUUUCAGGUUUUUCUAUAAAAGGGUUGCCAAAAUAUAACAAUCAAAAAGUGCAAAAAAUAACCAAAAAAGCUGUAUUUUCUUAUUCUUUUCUUCAUCUGGCACUGUAGAUAUUCCUAAAGAAAAUACUACUGGGUCUAGAAAACUCAAAUUUUAAACUUAAGCCUUUCUUGUUAUUAAUUAGUGAGGUACUGGCAAAACUUCCUGGUUAAUAGGUCAAAGUUUACUGGGUUCCUCAUAAAGUUUUUUACCUUUAUCACUUAAUUUCAUGCUUAUAAGGAUAAAAUUGGAUUUAAAUGAAUGAUUUUUAUUCAAAAUGUUAUCUAGAAUAACAAAUGAUCAAAUUUAUGUCAAUUAAAAUUUUUUAUAACAGUUUUACUAACAGCAUAUUGAAAGCAUUCAGUUGGGAACUGUUGUGUCAUCAAGUGCCAACCAAACUGUUAAGUCAUUGUCUUAGUCCUGAUGUAAUAACACAAUCAUUAACCAAAGACAAUUCAUAUCCAAACAUAAUCUCUGAGAUGUAAAACAAUUAUGCCAAGUAAAAAAUUAUGACAAUUUAGAUGACAGUCAAAUUUUUCCUUAAGAAUUUUUCUUUCAUAAAGAUAAGCUUGGUGUUUUGAAGUAGUAGUCAAGAUUUUUACCUGUAAUGUAUUUUGCAUUUUACUUUGAAGUGCCAAGCUUAUUUUUAAUGAAGAAAAACUCUUAAGAAAACAUUUAACUGUUAUCUAACUUGGCAUAAUUUUUUUGUGUCUGAGAUGUUUUAUUUCAAUAAUAACUACUUUAGAUUCUACUAUAUCUUUGACUGCUUUUUUCCCUUACUAAUAUAAUAAAAAUAGUUUAUUUAAAUGAUAUGUAAAUUAUUUAUUACAUUAAAAUUUAUUUUAUAAAUUUAAAAAAAAAUAAACUUUGAAUAUUUUUCAGGAAAUAUGCAUACAUUUUAUCAUAAACUUCUUAUGGAAUACAUAGAGCAGUGUCAUUGUAAAGGCUAAAAAAAGAAAAAUUAAGAUAUCUUUAUAACAUAAGUUGAUGUUAACAACAAAUGAAACAGAAUCAUGUCUUGUUUCUGGAAAUACAAGGAUAAAUUACUGUUGUAUUUCUUCAUUGGCAGAUUGCUUUUAAAUUCUGAAAAUGUAUAAUGCAUUGCCUUUAAAUCUUUCUGCUCCACAUCUUCAAUUAGUAGAAAAUUCUCAAGAACCGUGGCAAACUGACGAAAUUAGCGUAGAACAACGUGAUAGCCAAGAAUCAUUUUCAGGUUCAAGUUUUAGCACACUGGAGCAAGACGAAUAUCAUUUUGUGGAAUCUACCCAUCCAAUUGAGGUUUUAGCUGGUUUAAAUAGUUUGCGAUUAACAAAAACAUUUUGCGAUGUAACAUUAUGUGUAGAAGAAGAAGAAUAUCCUUGCCACAGAGUUGUGUUGGCUUCAUUUAGUCCUUAUUUUAAGGCUAUGUUUGCUGGGGAGAUGGCAGAAAGUCAACAGAAUAAAGUUGUGCUAAAUGGAGUUGAACCAAAAACUCUACAGUUAUUACUAGAUUAUGCAUAUACAGCUCAAGUAGUUAUAAGUAAAGCCAAUGUCCAAGUUUUGUUAUCUGCUGCUAACCUUUUAGAAGUGCUCCCUGUCAGAGAUGCUUGCUGUCGAUUUUUAGAAUGCCACAUGGAAGAAUCAAAUUGUCUAGGAAUUCACUGCUUUGCUGAAACUCAUGCAUGUAUUGAACUUCAACAAAAGGCUAAAGAAUUUGCUUUAAAGUAUUUUCAAGAUGUAGUACAACAAGAAGAAUUUUUAACUUUAAGUAGAAGUAAAUUGAUUGAAUUUAUAAGUAGUGAUGACCUUGAAGUUGAAAAAGAAGAAGAUGUAUUUGAAGCAGUUCUCUUAUGGCUUAAUUAUAAUGUUGAAGUCAGGAAAGAAGAAUUUGAGAAGAUUAUGGAACAUAUAAGACUUCCUCUAUUAAGUCCAUAUUAUCUGAAUGAUCGUGUUAGUACAGUCCCGGCAAUAUAUAAUUCACCUGAGUGCAGAGAGUUAUUGGAAGAAGCUAAAACAUAUCACCUGUUACCCGAUCGCCGCCAUGAAUUAAGUAGCCCAAGAAGUAAACCAAGAAAAUCUAUGGGAACAAUUGAUGUAAUAGUUGCAGUUGGUGGAGAAGAUGACAAAGUUGUAUUAAGAAGUGUAGAAUGUUUUGAUCCUGUGAAAUGUAAAUGGUCAAGUUUGGCUUGUCUACCAUUUGCUGUCAGUAAACAUGGAUUAGUUGUUACAGGUCAAAAUAUGUUAUACAUGGCAGGUGGAGAAUUUCCCGAUGGUUCGGCCAGCAAGUCCAUGUGGCGAUAUGAUCCAGUUUUUGAUUCGUGGCAAGAAAUGGCAUUUAUGAAUGUUGCUCGCUCAGAACUUGGGCUAGCAACGCUAGAUGGAUAUAUUUAUGCUGUCGGUGGUUGGGAAGGAGUAUCUAGAUUAUCUAGCGUUGAACGUUAUGAUCCUGUAACUAAUAAAUGGCAAUUUGUAGCAUCUAUGAAAAUCUCACUAACAAGUCCUGCUGUAGUUGCCCAUCAAGGAUUACUCUAUGUCACAGGUGGUGCAGUGUUAGAAGAUGGUGAUGGCAUUGAUUUAGUACAGUGCUAUAAUCCUAGAACUAAUUCAUGGAACGAAGUUGCUCCUAUGUUAAUAGCACGUUCAGGAUCUGCUAUUUGUGUGAUAAAGAAUUUGAUAUAUGUAUUAGGUGGUUGGCAUGCAUCAACAGAAAAUACUAAUAAAGUGGAAUGUUUUAAUCCAAAAAAAAAUGAAUGGCAGUUUUGCAAUCCAAUGAGAGAGAAAAGGUAUCAACCGGGCGUUGCUGUUGUCAAUGGAAAAAUAUAUAUAUGUGGUGGAGAAGAAGGAUGGGAUAGAUACCACGACACAAUGGAAUGCUACGAACCCGAGAAAGAUCAGUGGACUAUAAUAGGAAUGAUGCAGACAUCUCGUAGUUGGUUAUGCUGUGCUCCACUUCAACUUUCCCGUAGUUUAUUUAUACAAGAACAUUCCUGACAACAGCAUCGAGCCAGUCUGAUUGCAUCGUAUUUUGGUUGUCAGCUGGCAGAUUAUAUUUUUCAAAUGCUAGUCACUAUGGAACAUCAGUUUGAUCAUAAUGAAAGAAUAUUUGAAUUAUUUUCAACUCUUCGAGCUACAUGGAAUAUUAGUAUUUGGCAAAAUUUGACUUUUAAUGGUUGAAAAUAAUGUGUAAUCAUAGAUUUCAUUGUAAUAUAUUUCACAGAUCAAAUAUCAUUUCUACUGUUUAUAUUUAUUUCUAUAUAUAUAUAUUGAUAUAUAUCAUAUUAAGCUUUUAAUGUUAAUAAACUUACUUAAAUUGUAUUCUGUUAAUGAUUGUUUAUGUUGCAUUUUUAAAAAAUGUUGGAUUAUUUGUAUAAAUUGUACAUAAGGUAUUUAUUCUCAGAUUGUUGUUGCUGAAAUUUUAUUAUUGAUUAUACAGUAUUUAUAAUAAUUUAUCACUGCCACAAAUUUUUAACACUCCUGUGAUGGUUAAAACAAAUAUUUUCUUCUCCAUGUAAUGAUAUUAAAUUAGGACAAUGUAUUACUUUUCUUAAUAAAAUAUAAUUUAUUGUA